AUGAUGAGUUCAAGUGAGAAGUCAGUUUAUCAUUUCUCACUCAUGAUCAAAGUAGUUGCAAUGGCCCUGGUGGCCCUCCUGCUAACCGCGUCGCCUGCAUCAUCAGCAGCCGCAGCAACAACAAGAUCGUUAUUCUUAGCACCAGCAGAUAUACCGUUACCAGUUCCACCACCUGUCCGCCCAGUUGAAGAUCAACGGGUGUGUGAAGAUGAUUACGGGGUCUAUGAUCCUGCACCUGUCAACAAAGGAUGCAGCCAUGCUCCAGUACCCCAUGGCCGGCGAGUAUGA